CCCGCUGUGACCGACUAGUCCUCAGUGUGGGUCUGUGAAUGGGAAGAGAGAAAAGCUCCUAGCUGAUCAGUACAUUGACCCAGGAAAAGAACAGCCUUUGUCAGCCAGCACCUGUGAUCCUUGCUCCAGAAGUGAUCCUAUAAAUAAACAAGAUUACAGCCUGCAGAAGGCGUUGUUGUCUGAGCACUGGAUACUGGCAGCGAUAAUCAGGACCACAGAGUUACCAACACAGGUAUACACCAGCGCACUCACAGGUGCUCAAAAGAAUAAUGAAAACAAAAUGUGAAAAAAAGGGAAAAUAAAACUGUGGAAGAGUGGUUGCAGGGCGUAGCUGGGGUGACGUCACGGAUCAAGAAGAAGUGCAAUAACAAAAACAGAACAUGGGUUUUACGGCUGUUCUGGUAUUGCCCAUCCUCGUGGUGAUAGCUGCUGGGGUGUACUACAUUUACACUGAGAUCACCCGGUUGAUGUCCAAGUCAGCUGUAAGGAACAAAGUGGUUGUGAUAACUGAUGCUGUAUCAGGAAUGGGAAAGGAAUGUUCCAGAAUGUUUCACACAGGAGGAGCCAGGGUUAUCCUCUGUGGCAAAAGCUGGGAGAAGUUAGAAGCCCUCUAUGACACCCUCAAUAGUGCAGCAGACCCCAGUGUGACAUUUACACCAAAGUUAGUUGUUCUGGAUUUUAGUGACAUUGAUGCCAUCCCUGAUGUGACCAAAGAAAUCUUAGAGUGCUAUGGCUGUGUGGACGUGCUGAUCAGCAACGCCAGUAUGAAAGUGAAAGCUCCGGUUCAAAACGUGUCAUUAGAAAUGGACAGAAGGAUGAUGGAUACUAAUUACUUUGGACCAAUUACAUUAAUUAAAGGCCUUCUUCCCUCGAUGAUUUCAAGAAGAUCUGGCCAACUUGUGUUGGUUAACAGUAUCCAAGGAAGACUUGGAGUCCCAUUUCGUACAGCUUAUGCUGCCUCAAAGCAUGCAGCCCAGGCCUUCUUUGACUGUCUCAGAGCUGAGGUUGAAGAGUUUGGUAUCUCAGUGAGCACCAUAAGCCCUACCUUCAUCCGAUCCUAUCACCAGCAACCUGAGCCUCGCAAUGGGGAAAAAUCCAUCUGGAAAUUCUUUUUCAGGAAGUUUGCCCAUGGAGUUCACCCAGAGGAGAUGGCCAAUGAGAUCCUCCGAACAGUGAACAGGAAGAAGAAGGAGGUCCUCAUGGCGAAUCCCAUUCCAAGGGCUGCUCUCUAUAUCAGAUCCUUCUUCCCUGGGCUUUUCUUUGCAGUGGUAGCUGCAGGUGUCAAAGAUGUCCCGUUUGUAGAGGAAGAAACACAGUAGAUUUGGAGCUGUGAAAGAAUUUGAAACACACACACACCAAAUCUUUGAAUUCUCAACCUCAAAAUAAAAAAACCUUAACACUCUAUGCCUAACACUUUAAUGCUUACGCCUCCAUUGACUCUGCAUUGUAUUUUUUUUCGCCUAACUCUGUAUAUACCACAAUGCUUUGCAUUGCAGUGAGACUGAAGUUUCCAUUGAAAAUCAACAGAGUUGAGUAUCUCGUUAAAUAGAAUAUCUUUUGAAACACCCUUUCUAAUAAACUGCAAUAUUAUUGGCUGAAGCAGUUUUGAUUGAGGUGGAUUUUCAUUGGUUAAAAUAGUAGUGUGUGCUCCCAUUAGCUAGAAAGGUUGCAGUGUUUUUGGCACAGUGCGAGGUUAACAUUUGGAAGUUUGUCUGUUUGUUGGGAAGUUUGCAGAGAAGUUCGUCUGGUUGAUUGAAAAUUUGUAGGUCCGUACAGCCUUUCGUAUUAAUGUAUUUACAAAUUAAUGAUUGAAUUAUUAGAUGAAUUAACAAAUUAGUUUAUAAAUUGACCAGUUUUAUGGAUGAAUUGCUGGACAAAUUGACCAAUUCAUGAAUUGACAAACUAAUUGACAAAUUAAUAGCUGGAUAGUUUUGGCACA